AGUCACCAACAUGGCCGCCGAUCCUGAGUUCCAGCCCGGAGCCGCGCCUUUCGGCAAUUUUAUCAACUAUUACAGCUUCAACCCUCCAGAAAAUAGGCUCAAACUGUUACCAAAGGAGUUCUACACUAUUAUCAGAAGAAAUUGUAAAGAUAAGCCGCUCAUCGGGCUGGAUAUAGGGUGCAACACUGGGGUAGGUUUGGUGUGUCGUCUGCUAGCAUACUUCAGUACAACAGUCUCACAACCCACCCAGCACACAGACUUCCACAUGCUGGGCUGUGAUAUUGACAACAUUCUAAUCCAGCGUGCCACAGAGAACCACCGGCACACAGACCACCUCACAUUCCAGACUCUGGACUACAUGGACACAGAGCAGAGACAGGAGAGUCUGGGCUCGUAUCUGCAGAGAUUCAGCCGUACCAAGUUUGACGUGACGUUCUGUUUCUCUGUGACGAUGUGGAUCCACUUACAGAACGGGGACAGUGGGCUCAGGGACUUCCUCAGGUCUGUCUCCAGUAAUACCUGGAACUUUACAUUGGUGUAA